CGGGGGGAAGCGGCCGGGCGGGCAGGGAGCAGGCGGCGGAGUGGGGUCGGAGGGGCGCUGCUGCCGGUGGCGGCGCCGGGAAAGAACUGGCCAUGGAUGCUACCACGCUGGAGUUGGACGCGGUGAAGUUCGCGCAGCUGGCGGUGCAGCGGGACCAGAGCGGGCGCUACCAGGAAGCGGUCUUCUACUAUAAGGAAGCUGCACAAGCCUUGAUUUAUGCUGGGAUGGCAGGGUCCAACUUGGAAAAUAUUCAAGAAAAAAUAAAUGAGUACUUGGAGAGAGUUCAAGCUCUCCAUUCAGCAGUUCAGUCGCAGAACACAGACCCUCUGAAGUCAAAACAACAGUUGGACUUGGAGCGUGCUCACUUCCUAGUUACACAGGCUUUUGAUGAAGAUGAUAAAGGCAAUGCAGAAGAAGCUAUAGAGUUGUACACAGAAGCGGUGGAACUCUGUUUGAAAACAGCUACUGAAACUUCAGAAGCAGGCCUCCAGUCAAAACUGAAACAGCUGGCUCGACAAGCACUGGAUAGAGCAGAGGCACUGAAGGAAUCUGUGUCAAAGUCAUCUCAGAAGGAGAAGUCAACUUCAGCUAAACCAAAUCAGCCCGUCAGAACAUUCUUUCCAUUGGGACCUGAUUUUUCUUUAAACGAUAAACCACAGACAAUCAGAGCGGUACAAGCUAGUGAAUCUCAAGGUCAGAGAUACACUGCAGAGGAGAUUGAAGUACUCAGGCAAACUUCAAAAAUUAAUGGUAUUGAAUACGUACCUUUCAUGAGUGUUGAUCUGAGGGAACGUUUUGCCUUCCCUAUGCCAUUUUCUGAUAAAUGUGGGAAGCUACCAUUAUCCCCCAAACAGAAAGCAAUGUUUGCCAAGUGGGUGAGACCAGAUGACAUAACAAAUAACCCUACAAUGAUUUAUACUGUAUCAAGUUUCAGCAUAAAGCAGACGAUAGUGUCAGAUUGUUCUUUUGUGGCAUCGCUAGCCAUCAGUGCAGCAUAUGAAAGAAGAUAUAACAAAAAGUUGAUCACAAGUAUCAUUUACCCUCAGAAUAAGAAGGGAGAACCAGAAUAUAAUCCAUGUGGCAAAUACAUGGUGAAGCUUCAUAUCAAUGGUGUACCUAGAAAGGUAAUCAUAGAUGACCAGUUACCUGUUGAUCAUAGUGGGGAACUUCUCUGCUCUUAUUCUAACAAUAAGAAUGAAUUAUGGGUAUCACUGAUAGAAAAGGCUUACAUGAAGGUCAUGGGAGGAUAUGAUUUUCCUGGAUCAAAUUCUAAUAUUGAUCUCCAUGCACUGACUGGUUGGAUACCUGAAAGAAUUGCUAUGCACUCUGACAAUCAAGCUUUCAAUAAAGAUAGUACUUUCAGAAUGCUUUAUCAGAGAUUUCACAAGGGAGAUGUCCUUAUCACAACAGCAACAGGGGUGAUGUCUGAAGAGGAAGGAGAAAAAUGGGGUUUAGUUCCAACACAUGCGUAUGCAGUCUUGGAUAUAAGAGAAUAUAAGGGACUUCGAUUUCUUCAGUUAAAAAAUCCCUGGAGCCACUUACGUUGGAAGGGACGAUACAGUGAAAAUGACACAAGAAAUUGGACCCCAGAUUUACAAAAAUACUUGAACUUUGAUCCCAGAACAGCUCAGAAAAUAGACAAUGGCAUUUUCUGGAUUUCCUGGGAAGACCUCUGCCAGUACUAUGAUGUUAUUUAUUUGAGUUGGAACCCAAGUCUCUUUAAAGAAUCUACGUGUAUUCACAGGAUGACUUUGCACAUAAUCGGGAAUUCAUUACAAUGGUUGUAUACAAGACUGAUGGCAAAAAAGUUUACUAUCCAGGUGUAUUCCUUGUGCAAGUUCACCUUUUCCAAGAUUCCUACACCUUAUACCAUUUCCAAACGGGUUAAUGGACAGUGGAAAGGUCCCAGUGCUGGAGGAUGUGGAAAUUUCAGAGACACCUACAAAAAUAACCCCAUUUAUCAAUUCCAGCUGGACAAGAAUGGGCCAUUACUAAUUGAACUACGGGGACCAAGGCAAUACAGCGUUGGUUUUGAACUCGUCACAGUCUCAACAGUAGGAGAUCCUGGUUCCCACGGCUUUCAGAAAAAGAGCAGCGGUGACUACAGGUGUGGAUUUUGCUACUUGGAAGUGGAGAACAUAUUUGCUGGAGUUUACAACAUUAUCCCCACCACAUUCCUGCCUCAACAAGAGGGGCCUUUUUUCUUAGAUUUUAAUAGUACUACCCCUCUUAAGGUAUCACAGCUGCAGUGAGGAGUUUAAGAAGGUGGUUUUGAUCUGUCCUACAGUCCAAGAACAGGUGAAUAACUCUUACUACACCUAUGCAUAAAAGAAAAUUACAUUCUAAGUUACAGCCAAAAGCAUGGAAUCACCAAUUUGCCAGUUAAUUGUGGGGUUUGCUGCUAUGGUGGUGGAGUGAGCGCUGUUCAGCAGGCUUGGGAACGGGCUAAAACGCUCAUCUUCAAGUGAACUGGCAGAACUCACUUCAUUGCAAUUUUUCCACACUUCAAAUCAAAAGUUUAAUGAGUCAAGAGAAAAACUAACAUUGAAAGUCUCGUCUCCCAAAAUACAGGGUAUAUGGGUUUAAGAUUUUAUUCUUAAAGUAAAUGUGUAAGAAAAAAUACUCUUGUGUAUUCUGUUUAUUCAGUCUCAGGCCCAAAUAGCUUUUACUCCAUAUUUGUGCAUUGAACUAGUUCUCACAUCUAAAUGUAAACUUACUACUGCUAAGCAUGUAGUAUUCCAGACUAACAUGUGCAGCUUAUCUAGAGUAUGUACAUAAGAGUAAAGGAAAAGGAAGAUUCCGGCUUUAGCUCUAAAAGAAAAACAAUGGCUUCACUCCUGUUAUAGGUACUUUGAGAGCUGUUAUUUCCUACCUGUAUGACUUUAGUACAUAAUGUUACUCUAUGGCUUUCUUCCUACUAGCUGUAAGACCUUGCUUGAUCCAGAUCAGCAGUAGAAAGAGGAGGUUAGCCAGCAGUAGCGUACAGACUGUGCAGCACACCCUUCCUUUAGCAGGUGUGAAAGGUUUUCAUCUAAAGGCGUGCUGUACCUACUGGGGUAGUCUCAGUUGCUGGUGCAAGGAGGUGGGAACCACCCACCAUGAGCAUCCCAGCACAGAAAUUCAGCCUGCAGGGGAAGGAUCACUUAAACCCCUUCCCCUAAUAAACCACGGCCACAAGAAAUGCGCAUUGUACAAAGACAUCUUUGAAAAGGUACCUUUUCUCUUGUAAGUUGAAACCAGUGAAUGAGUUGAGCACUUGGCCACUGUCGUCAACAGAAGUAGGGUCAGAGUUCUUCAGAAAAUAGUGGCGUUACUGCAGAACGAGAGGGUUUUUUUGAAGCCUACUAUAUGUGUUCUUCCUCUAGAAGAUCUAUAUAAUGCUCUUCAGAUACAAGAUAAAGAUAACCAAGUUUUUAAUUUAAAUACUCACUGCCUCACUGAUCCUAAAAUGUAAUAUUUUUUGUCUUUUUACAAAUGGCAGACCUAAAAGUCCACUAUAUUUGACAGUUUGAGGAGAGGGUGCUUUUAAAACAGCCAGAGGAAGUUCUUUGCCAUUCAGGUUGGUUUGGCAGUUUUCCAAGCAAAAAAGGUAGCAUUUAAACCUUAUUUUAGAGCACAGGUGCCAUUUGGUCAUUGGGAGACUGAGCACAUGUGCUACAGGAGCACCAAAAAUGUUUGUGUGCUAAAAUUAUUCCCAUAGAAAUCUGUUAUUAGCCCUCUCCAGAAAGUACAAGAUCCUUUUGUUUCAUUUCCUUCAUCAAACAGCUGCUUAACAAAUGUCUAGCUUUAGAAGGGCACUGAAACCACAUGCCUUUCUGACUGCAGUUCUCUCAAAAACCAUCUGGGCUAGGAAAUUUGUGACAAGUUUGUCACAGUGUGACUUACCUUCUUUUUGCAGGGAAAUUUCUGAUGAUUAUUGCAACAAAUCAACAGAGGGAACAGCACUGGCACAAGCUGAGCGGAAAACCAGAUUAGGUUCUUUGUGGUUAUCCUUGGCUUGUGGAGUGUGGGCCAAGGACUGCUUCAUCCUGACAAAAUUAAAGUUUCAUUCAGCUCCCAUUUUCCCUACAAAUUUGUGUUAAGUUUUUCACUCAGGCUAAACCAGAGUGGCAAGGGAGUCCUGCAUUUAUUUUAUCACCUAUGAAGUUAAAGUCUCGACUGAGCCUGUUUCUGACAGUACAAAAGGCAGAUGCCAGAACUGCCACCUUUCAGUACUAAGUUCUUGCACAUCCUCGGCUGUUUGAGAUCAAGCUGGUAGACGUGCCUGUAGUACAAUCUGUUGUUGUUCUUCUGUGGUUGGGUUCUGGCCUGCAGGAAAGGUUUUUCUUUCUUCACCCCCACCCAGCACAAGCUAGCGCCAAGCUUAUGCUGGAUGAAACAAGCAUAAGGCUUAGUUUCCAUGCUGUGCUAAACUAAAAGCAAGGAAUAUAAUCCAUUAAGGAUGUUUCACUACUCAUGUAAGCACUUAUGAUUUGCUUUGAUAUUUUCUGUCAAAUAUAUACUUCUCUAUUUUUUUUUUCCACAAAUCUCAAAUUACUGGAAAGUAAACUGAUCCACAGAUUUUAACACAGCCUCAGGCUGUUAUCUAGGUUAAGCUUCUCUUUCUCCUAUCCCCUUUAGCAGCUAAUAUGGUCUGUCAUAUGGAUCAAAAAAUGCUGAAGUAAGCACGGCAGUGUUAUGCAGCAAGACUUUUAGACAAAGUCUUUGCACGUGCAAAACUUGAAAUAGCUGCACAACAGCUCUGACUGUAGCAGAGGUACAUGGGCCAUGUUACUUUACUUCCAGUUAGUCACACCCCUCUUGACCCUUAAGCUUUCUCCACCUGUAAAUGUGUGAUUCAAGCUUUUAAACAUUAAAAUACAAAGCCUCAUAAAAUGUACCAACAAGCAUCCUGCACUCCUGAGAUGUUGCACACCAUACAGUUCUGAAGUACUGCCAAGCUAUGGAACGAGGGGGAUAACUGACAAAAGGGAAGCCGGUUGCUCUGAGGUGCUUUAAGAGCAUUUACACUUUCUUUGAUUCACUAAGGGAAGACUACUACAAAGAAAGGAUUUUUAAUUCUCUGUCAGAGGUGCAGAGGGAUAACUGGAGAUGGCAUCUUACACAUUUUGAUGUUCUCCUUUCUUACGCACUGCAAAGCCUUUUCUCUGGGUUUUUUUGGUUGGUUGGGUUUUGGGGUUUUUUUUUAAUUCUACUUUAAAGCUCCAUAAUGCUGCUGUUUGUUUAUAGCUCAGGGUGAAACACCUCCCAGACACACACAUAUUUCCCAGUUUGUUUUGUUCGGAAGACACAGGUUAGUCCUUGGUUAAUCCGAACCAUCGGUUCUCAAAGACUCAGUGAGCGAUAAUACCAUGGAUGAACAACAGCUUCUGUCCCCCCCUGCCCCAUGGGUCUGAGAUUCUGUCCUACCUUCCUGAUGCAAGUUCUGUGCAACUAUUUUGUACAGUAAUUAUGCACUUGAUCACACAAUCAUCUAAGCUAUUUAGAAUUAAGUUUGUGUACAUACAGUAGAGGUUUUCAUCGUUUAGUCAAAUAGGACAUUUAAAUUGUUUGGUAAUACCAAAGAGAAGUAGAAUUCCUAGAUUAACAUUUGCUUUAGAUGUUCUCACUUCAGGGCAGCCGAAGUGAUGGCGUAUACUUUGAUACACCAGAGGCUUAUUUUUAUACCUGUGAAGGCAGCUACCAUCAUGUUACAACUUCAGAAUGCAUAAAGAGCUCCAACAGAAAAGGAACUGGAGAAAGCUUGUUCAUUUGCCUGUACUCCAUAGUGAUGUAUGUUCAUUUAAGUUUGUCAUAUUUAUAAUUAUGGCUUUUAUGAAGUUUAAAAUAAAAUGAGUUUUUCCAUUCA